UUUGCAGAUGCGCGCGCACACACAUCAUGGCGAGUGCGACUUCAUAACACAAAAGCAUUGCUGUGUUGAUUCUCAUUUCAGCAGCAUCUACAAGUCAAGUUGUACCCUAUCAAGGUAUCAUCUCACACCCCAUCAAGGAUCAAUCAGCAGGAUCUGCAGCAAUCCGAACUACACAAGCAGUGUGGCAAUCAUGACAGAAGCUCAGGAUUACCUGAUGGAUGAAAGUCCGCUCCUCACCGCUGCUCAUCUGGGAAAACUGCGUUUGGUUCGACUUCUGGUGGAAGGAGGCGCGCAGGUGAACGCACGAAGCCAGAGAGGAGAAACGCCGCUGUUGGCCGCUUGUCGAGGUCUUCGGGGUGACCAGUCUGGAACAACGAUGUUGAGACUAAUUAAGUUUCUCCUUAGUAACCAGGCAGACCCAAACGUACAGGACAAGGCGGGCCGCACCGCACUCAUGUACGCCUGUAUGGAGCGGGCCGGAGCAGAGGUGGCAACCGCUCUGGUAGCGGCAGGAGCCGAUCCAAGCAUGGAAGAUAACAGCGGAGCUUCGGCUCUCGUAUAUGCGAUAAACGCCCACGACCAGGACACGCUACAAGUGCUGCUGGACGCCUGUCGAGCCAAGGGACGUGACAUCAUUAUCAUAGCUACAGAUCUGAGCUGUGAUGGCAGCAGUGUAACGCGCCGCUAUUUGAACGUUCUGCCCUCACCUGACAGCUCACCUGUGUCCUGUAUGUCCCCCUCAGAUAUCGAGCUGAAGACUAACUCUCCAAACUCAGAAGGAGAAAACAUCUUUAAUUUUCGAGGAGGUGGCAAGGCGUCUCCUGUACUGCAGAGGAGCGAUACUCUGAGCCGCCAAAGGCUACGCUCCGAGCCCUGUCUGGCCAUUCAGAGCCUGGCCCAUCUCAGCCACACCUAUGAGAAAAACUCAGAGGAACAGUUUCAAGAGCAAGAUAAAAAGAACAACGAUCAACAUUUCACUUCUGAGGAGGAGCAGACCAUCUCCUCACUUACUGGAGCUUUUCCAAGAGCGUGCCAAUUAAAGAAAACGCAUUUAAACCCGACAGAGAACCCUUUAGGCAAAGAGCAGCUACGAAGUCGAAGAAAUACUCUACCUGACCUCCAAAGCCAAACAUUACUUCAACUGCCAUCUUUGAAACUGACUCUGUCUAGCUCGGACACUCGUUUACAUAAUCCACCCGCCGCAUCAGCACCGACUUUGCGCUUCCCCUCCAUCCACAGAAGCGGGUCGCUGCUCCUCAAGCCUCCCGGUGGACUUCUUGACUGCAAUACAGUAAACAAAAAGAAAUCACGGGCUCACUUUAGUGCAAGGCCUCAGUCCUGCAAUGCUUUCCUGCCCCCCGUUCACGCUACCGUGCAGAUACCCGUUUGCAGAGACUCGAACCCUGACCUCUGACCCUCAGCCUCACAUCCAUUCAAACAGGAAACUCAAAGAGGCAACGGUGAGAUACUCCAUCACUGGAUUCAGCAGGAGCAGAUAAGACAGACACCGGGUUCAGAGGAGGCUCUCUUAAAUCAGUCUCUGGCAAUUAAUGAACAAUUUUCUGGAAGCUACUAAUAUAUUUACUUUUAAGUUUGGUCCCACUUAUUUUUUG